UCCAUGGGGCUCUGGGGGCUGCUGAGCCUGCUGCACUCGGCCUUCUUCGGGGACCAGGCGCUGCAGGAGCUGAGGAUGGCGAGCUCCGUGGCACCCUACGAGCAGCUGGUGCGGCAGGUGGAGGCCUUGAAGGCAGAGAACAGUCACCUGAGGCAGGAGCUGCGGGACAAUUCCAGCCACCUGUCCAAGCUGGAGACGGAGACAUCUGGCAUGAAGGAGGUCCUCAAGCACCUACAAGGCAAGCUGGAGCAGGAGGCCGGAGUGCUGGUGUCCCUGGGGCAGACCGAGGUGCUGGAGCAGCUGAAAGCCCUGCAGAUGGACAUCACCAGCCUGUACAACCUCAAGUUCCACGCCCCGGCCCUGGACCCGGAGCCCACCGCCCGGACUCCCGAAGGAAGUCCCGUCCACGGCUCGGGGCCCUCCAAGGACAGCUUCGGGGAGCUGGGCCGGGCUACCAUCCGACUGCUGGAGGAGCUGGACCGGGAACGGUGUUUCCUGCUGAACGAGAUCGAGAAGGAGGAGAAGGAGAAGCUGUGGUAUUACUCGCAGCUGCAGGGCCUGUCCAAGCGCCUGGACGAGCUCCCGCACGUGGAGACGCAGUUCUCGAUGCAGAUGGACCUGAUCCGGCAGCAGCUGGAGUUCGAGGCCCAGCACAUCCGCUCGCUGAUGGAGGAGCGCUUCGGCACCUCGGACGAGAUGGUGCAGCGCGCGCAGAUCCGAGCUUCGCGCCUGGAGCAGAUCGAUCAGGAGCUGCUGUCGGCGCAGGACCGGGUGCAGCAGACCGAGCCCCAGGCCCUGCUGGCGGUGAAGUCAGUGCCAGUGGACGAGGACCCAGACACUGAGGUCCCCACGCACCCUGAGGAUGGUGUCCCUCAGCCGGGCAACAGCAAGGUGGAGGUGGUCUUCUGGCUGCUGUCCAUGCUGGCGACGCGGGACCAGGAGGACACGGCGCGCACCCUGCUGGCGAUGUCCAGCUCCCCGGAGAGCUGCGUGGCUAUGCGCCGCUCGGGGUGCCUGCCGCUGCUGCUGCAGAUCCUGCACGGCGCCGAGGCUGGCGCGGGGGGUCGCAACGGAGCCCCCGGGGCGCCAGGGGCCAAGGACGCGCGCAUGCGGGCCAACGCGGCGCUGCACAACAUCGUCUUCUCGCAGCCGGACCAGGGCCUGGCGCGCAAGGAGAUGCGCGUCCUGCACGUGCUGGAGCAGAUCCGCGCCUACUGUGAGACCUGCUGGGACUGGCUGCAGGCCCGGGACGCCGCGGACGGGGGCGCGGGCGGCGCCCCCGUCCCCAUCGAGCCUCAGAUCUGCCAGGCCACCUGCGCCGUGAUGAAGCUGUCCUUCGACGAGGAGUACCGCCGUGCCAUGAACGAGCUGGGUGGGCUGCAGGCCGUGGCCGAGCUGCUGCAGGUGGAUUACGAGAUGCACAAGAUGACGCGGGACCCGCUCAACCUCGCCCUGCGCCGAUACGCCGGCAUGACCCUCACCAACCUCACCUUCGGCGACGUGGCCAACAAGGCCACCCUGUGUGCCCGCCGGGGCUGCAUGGAGGCCAUCGUGGCCCAGCUGGCUUCCGAGAGCGAGGAGCUGCACCAGGUGGUGUCCAGCAUCCUGCGCAACCUGUCCUGGCGGGCGGACAUCAACAGCAAGAAGGUGCUGAGGGAGGUCGGGAGCAUGACCGCCCUGAUGCAGUGCGUCCUGCGAGCCUCCAAGGAGUCCACCCUGAAGAGUGUGCUCAGCGCCCUGUGGAACCUGUCAGCACACAGCACGGAGAACAAGGCAGCCAUCUGCCAGGUGGAUGGCGCGCUGGGCUUCCUGGUGAGCACGCUGACCUACAAGUGCCAGAGCAACUCCCUGGCCAUCAUCGAGAGCGGCGGCGGCAUCCUGCGCAACGUGUCCAGCCUCAUCGCCACGCGGGAGGACUACAGACAGGUGCUCCGGGACCAUAACUGCCUACAGACGCUGCUCCAGCACCUGACGUCCCACAGCCUGACCAUCGUGAGCAACGCCUGCGGCACGCUCUGGAACCUGUCCGCCCGCAGCCCACGCGACCAGGAGCUGCUGUGGGACCUGGGGGCCGUGGGCAUGCUGCGCAACCUGGUGCACUCCAAGCACAAGAUGAUCGCCAUGGGCAGCGCCGCCGCGCUGCGCAACCUGCUGGCCCACCGGCCUGCCAAGUACCAGACCACCACCACGGCCGUGUCCCCCGGCGCCUGCGCUCCCAGCCUGUACGUGAGGAAGCAGCGGGCGCUGGAGGCCGAGCUGGACACGCGGCGCCUGGCGCAGGCGCUCGACCACCUGGAGAAGCAGGGCCUGCCCGAGGCCGAGGCCGACGCUGAGGCCGCCUCCAAGAAGCCCCUGCCGCCCCUGCGGCACCUGGAUGGGCUGGCCCGGGACUACGCCUCAGACUCGGGCUGCUUCGACGACGACGAGGCGCCCUCCCUGGCCGCUGCUGCCGCCACCGCGGAGCCUGCCAGCCCCGCCGUGCUGUCCCUCUUCCUGGGGAGCCCCUUCCUGCAGGGGCAGGCGCUGGCCCGCGCCCCUCCGGCCCGCCGUGGUGGCCCGGAGGCAGAGAAGGAGGCCGGCGGGGAGGUGGCCGUGGCGGCCAGGGCCAAGGCCAAGCUGGCGCUGGCGGUGGCACGGAUCGACCGGCUGGUGGAGGACAUCUCAGCCCUGCACACCUCGUCUGAUGACAGCUUCAGCCUCAGCUCCGGGGACCCCGGGCAGGAGGCGCCGCGCGAGGGCCGUGCCCAGUCCUGCUCCCCUUGCCGGCGACCCGAGGGCAGGCGGCAGGAGGCCGGCGGCCGUGCCCACCCGCUGCUGCGGCUCAAGGCCGCCCAGGCCAGCCUCUCCAACGACAGUCUUAACAGCGGCAGCACCGGUGAUGGACGCUGUCCCCGUGAGCACACCCGGCCCUGCCCGCUGGCCGUGCUGGCGGAGCACCGGGAGGGGUCCCCGUGCAGCCAGGCGCGGCCCAGCCGGCUCGACCUCCAUCUGCCAGGCGGCCAGGAGCCAGCAUCCCGGGACAGCUCUGCUGCCGACGCCUGUGUGCGCACCAUCAAGCUGUCGCCCACUUACCAGCAUGUCCCACUCUUCGAGGGCAACCCCAGGGCCGCCAUGGGGUCCCUGGCCCCUGGAGCCCGGAAGGAGGCCUGGCUGCCCGCAGAGGGUCUCAGCAAGGUGCCAGAGAAGCUGGCGGCAGAGGCAGUGCCACUCUGCCUGUCCCGCUGCAGCUCCCUGUCCUCGCUGUCCUCAGCCGGCCGCCCAGGCCCUAGCGAGGCCGGGGACCUGGACAGUGACUCCUCCCUGGAGGGGCUAGAGGAGGCGGGACCCAGCAAGGCAGACCUGGACGGGGCCUGGCUCGGGCCUGGGGCCGCCUCCCUGCCCGUGGCCAUCCCCAUCCCCCAGCGGGGCCGUGGCCUGGGCGUUGAGGACACCACGCCGUCCAGCUCCUCGGAGAACUGCGUGCAGGAAACGCCGCUGGUGCUGAGCCGCUGCAGCUCGGUGAGCUCCCUGAGCAGUUUCGAGAGCCCGUCCAUCGCCAGCUCUGUGGCCAGCGACCCGUGCAGUGGGCUGGGCAGCGGCACGGUCAGCCCCAGCGAGCUGCCCGACAGCCCCGGGCAGACCAUGCCACCCAGCCGUAGCAAGACGCCGCCGCUGGCACCCGUGCCCCCCGGCGAGCGCGAGAACACCCAGUUCAGCUUGCAGUGGGAGAGCUACGUGAAGCGCUUCCUGGACAUCGCGGACCGCCGCGAGCGCUGCCGGCUUCCGUCGGAGCUGGACGCCGGGAGCGUGCGCUUCACGGUGGAGAAGCCGGACGAGAACUUCUCGUGCGCUUCCAGCCUCAGCGCGCUGGCCCUGCACGAGCACUACGUGCAGAAGGACGUGGAACUGCGGCUGCUGCCCCCCGCCUGCCCCGAGCGCGGGGGCAGCAGCGGCGGGGGCGGCGGCCCCGGCCUGCACUUUGCUGGGCACCGGCGGCGAGAUGAGGCCGGCGGCUGCCUUGAGGGGCCGGUGGCCGGCGACCAGGAGCUGGAGCUGCUGCGUGAGUGCCUGGGGACGGCGGUGCCUGCCCGGCUCCGCAAGGUGGCCUCGGCGCUGGUGCCCGGCCGCCGCGCGCUGCCCGUGCCCGUCUACAUGCUGGUGCCCGCCCCUGCCCGGGUGGACGACUCCGCCGAGGGCACGCCCGUCACUUUCUCCAGUGCCACCUCACUUAGCGACGAGACGCUGCAGGCGCCUCCCCAGGAGCCGGACAGGCAUAAGCCCGCCAGCCGGGAGGCCCCCGCCAGGCAGGCCACCGGGCACAGGCACAGGGCGUGGGGCACGGGCCGCAGCCGGGUGGGGCUGGAGCUGCCCCUUCGCCGGCCGGCGAGUGCCUGCACUGAGCGGGACAGCGGCCGCCCCAACCCGGUGCGAGGGACCGAGGGGCGAGGGGACGGGGCGCUGCAGUCUCUGUGCCUCACGACACCCACCGAGGAGGCCGUGUACUGCUUCUACGACGACUCCGACGAGGAUCCACCUGUGGCCGUGGCACCCCCGCGGCGACCGUCCGCCAUCCCCCGGGCUGUGAAGAGAGAGCCCCCGGCCGGCAGGAAGGGGGUGCAGGCCGCGCCCCAGCCCGCGGAGGCCCCCCGCGUGCAGCCCAGCCUCAUCGCCGACGAGACCCCGCCCUGCUACUCCCUGAGCUCCUCCGCCAGUUCCCUCAGCGAGCCGGACCCCCCUGCACACCCGCCCGCCCGGGCCCGAGCUCCCAAGGCCUCUGUCACCAAGGCCCCCGGUGCUGCGGGCGCAAGCGACAGCCUCCGGAGCCCGCGGGCUGAGUCGGGGCCGCUGCGCCGCUGCGUCGGUUCCGCGGUGCCCCGGCGCCGGCUCCAGGCGUCAGCCCCGCGGCGCCGCAAGCCCCAGGCGGCCCAGCCGGACAGGCGGCCGGCGGAGGGGCCCCGGGAGCGGGCGGACGAGGCCGCGGGCUCAGACCACGCCUCCGACCUCGACAGCGUCGAGUGGCGCGCCAUCCAGGAGGGCGCCAACUCCAUUGUCACGUGGCUGCACCAGGCGGCCGCGGCGGCCACCCCCGAGGCCUCGUCCGGGUCUGACUCCGGCCCGUCCGAGUCGGGGCUGUCGGGGGCCUCCACCCUGCCCAGGAAGGGCCGGCGCCUGCAGGCGGGGGGCCAGGCGGGCCAGGCGGCAAGGCCGGAGAACCGGGACCCUGCGGUGGCGCAGCGCGGCACGAGCGGCCCCGAGAAGCUGCGGGGCGCGCAGAAGCCCGCGUGCAGGGUGCCGGCCGUGCUCCGGGGCCGGACCGUGAUCUAUGUGCCCAGCGCGGCCCCCCGGGCCCAGCCCAAAGGCGCCCCCGGCACCCGCGCGGCCCUGAGGAAGGUGGGCCCCCCGAGUCCCGCGCAGCCCGCAGCGCCUGCCAACACCCCGAGCCCCGGGCAGCAGCGGUCCCGGAGCCUGCACCGGCCGGGCAAGAUCUCGGAGCUGGCGGCGCUGAGCCCUCCGCAGAGGAGCACCACGCCGCCCGCCCGCCUGGCCAAGGCCCCCUCCUCCGGCUCCUCCCCCGCCUCCCCGGCCUCCCAGCCGCCCACAAGGAGGCCGCCCCCGGGCCCCCAGGCCGCAGGACCCCUACCCGGCCCGGGGGCAUCCCUGGUGCCCCAGACGCCCACGCGGGCCCUGCUGUCCAAGCAGCACAAGACGCAGAAGUCACCAGUGCGGAUCCCCUUCAUGCAGAGGCCGGCCCGGCGGGGGCCACCACCGCUGGCCAGGGCAGCCCCGGAGCCGGGCCCCAGGGGCCGGGCGGGAGCCGAGGGAAGCCCCGGCCCGCGGGGGGCCCGUCUGGGCCUGGUGCGUGUGGCGUCCGCGCGCUCCAGCGGCAGCGAGUCCUCGGACCGCUCGGGCUUCCGGCGGCAGCUGACCUUUAUCAAGGAGUCGCCGGGCCUGCUGCGCCGCCGCCGGUCCGAACUGUCCACCCCCGAGGCUGCGACCCCCGCCGCCCAGGGCAGCUCCCCCCGGCGCGGUCGCCCUGCACUGCCUGCCGUCUUCCUCUGCUCCUCGCGCUGCGACGAGCUGCGGGCAGCCCCCCGGCAGGUGCCCGUCCCCGAGCCGACCCCCGCGGCCAGGCCCGCUCCCGGCGAGCGGCCCGCCCGGCGCCCCAGCUCCGAGAGCCCGUCCCGCCUGCCCGUGCGCACGCCGGCCGCGCGGCCCGAGACGGUCAAGCGGUACGCCUCCCUGCCGCACAUCAGCGUGGCCCGCAGGCCGGACGCCGCCCCCCCAGGGCCUGCGGCCGAGGCCGCCCGCCGCAGCAGCGAUGGGGAGGCGCGGCCACUGCCAAGGGUGGCGGCGCCGGGCACCACGUGGCGUCGCAUCCGGGACGAGGACGUCCCACACAUCCUGAGGAGCACGCUGCCCGCCACCGCCCUGCCACUGAUGGGCGCUCCGCCCGAGGAGGGCCCUGGCGGCCCCCCGCAGCGCAAGACCAGCGAUGCGGUGGUCCAGACAGAGGACUUCGCUGCCACGAAGACCAACUCCAGCACGUCCCCAAGCCUGGAAAGCAGGGGGCCCCCGCAGGCCCCGGUCAGCGGCCCCACCGCCCUCCUGGGCAGUGAUGUGGACGGGCCUGGUCCCACCAAGGCGCCCACUUCUGUUCCCUUCAUCCACGAAGGCCUGGGGGUGGCUGCGGGGGGCUUUCCCGCCAGCCGGCACGGCUCCCCCAGCCGCUCGGCCCGUGUGCCCCCCUUCAACUACGUGCCCAGCCCCAUGGUGUCAGCCACCACUGACUUGGCCGCAGAGAAAGCCCCGACCGCUACCCCUGCCAGCCUCCUUGAAUAGUGGCCGGGGCCGGCCUUCUAGAACAUCCUCUCCAGGCCAAGGGCUGGUCUGGCUGCCGGGAGGGGGGGUCCCAGGGUCCAUACACCCACCAGAGCUCCUGCCCCCGGAGCCCCACUGCAGCCUGAAUUGGCCUCACAUCUCAUGCACAGACGCUUGCUUCCAUGCUGCGGGGGCUCAGGAGGGAGGGCGCUGCCGGCUGCACCUCGGGUCCCAGCCCGGAGCACACGGCGACCCCUACGCAGAGACCAUCCUCCCAGCCUGGGCCGCGCCAGCAGUGCUCCAGGGCCGCAGCCUCAGCAGGCCCCUCCCCUCUCAGGAGCGGCGGGGAGGGGACAGCCCGCCCCGGGUGGGGGACAGGGCUGCGGAGGGCGGCCCGGGGAGCGCGCGCGGGCAGCUGGGGGCCUCGCAUCUGUCCCGGCCUACGCGGGGACGAGGCCUGUAAUUUGGGAGGCCCGGUAAUUGCUUAAUGAUGGCUUUGCGGGUUUGUUUGCCUUGCCAGCCCCAGCUGGGAGCGUGGGGGCGGGGAGCGGCUGAGCCCCACGGCAGCCCCUGCCCCACGCAGCGCAGCGCCGCCCAGCGGGUGCAGAGCGCAAGGAGCGGGCUGUCCCAGCGGCCCGAAGAGCAGGAGGCCGGUGCGCGGACACGGAGCCGCUCUGGUGUAGACAGAGGCCCUGCCAGGGGGACAGGACGGCUGCCUGCUGGGGAGGGCGCCCUGGAGGCGGGUGGGGGCCACGGGAAGGAGGCCCCGGCGCGUCACAGGGAGACCCUCUGGGAGGGCGUGGGGGUGUGGGACCCAGGGCUGUGAGCGUGCCCAGGGGUUGGGGGGAGCGUGUGGGGGGCCCCGAAGGCUACUGCCCCACCUUUCGAUUCCAUCCUCAUUCCAACGCAGGAAGCACUGGGCUCUGCGCCAGGUCAGAGCCGGGCCCUCGGGGGUCGCUGGCCACUGGGUGCUGGUGGUGCUGCCCCGGGGCGGACAGACGGAGGGACGGCGAGCCCCGAGCCUCCCCGCCAGCCUGCUCGGGGACCGCGGGUGUGCGUGGGUCCAGCCUCAGCCCCAAGGGCGCCUCCUGCAGAAAGAGCCAACGACCUCUUUCCUGCAGAGGCUCAGGGAGAAGCUGCUCUGAGCGCGGGGCUGCCGGGACAGCCUCGCAGGGGCGCCUCUCCCAGCCCGGAGCCCACGGAGGAAGGCCCCCGCCCGCGCGCACCGGUGUUUCCUGCGGCUGACCAUCCUCGGGGAAGCCCGGCGCCCAGCCGUCCCACACCCCGCCGACCUGCUGCGCCCGCUACAUCAUGCGCCCCUCGUCACACCCUGUCCCCUGCGACAGGAGCCAGGGCCCGGCCGGAGGGCCCACGGGCAGGAGGCAGGGUGGCUGAGCCAGCAUGACCCGGCCGCAGCCCCCCUUGGACACACGGGCUGUCUCGGACACUCCUCAGAAGCCGCCAGAACCCCGUCCCCACUGCAGCCUGAAGGGCUGGGACCGGGGGUCCUCCAGGGCCUUCCUGGGCCUGGGGGCUCCCAGACACCACGCCCCGUCUCCACAGGACAGACCCCCCACGGCCGGCUCGCCCAGCCAGGGCCCAGGGCUUUGAGCACCCGUGCACUGUGAGACCCUGGGCAGUGCUUUUGCCGCUCCGUGCCUCGGUUUCCCCACGUGGGCCGUGGGGAGAACUCCCAGAGCUACCUCCUGGGCGAGCGGAGCGACCACCAUGCCCGAGGAAGGACCUGUGCUGCGGGACCCUCCCUCGCUGCCGCCUCCCGCCUGCCUCUGGCCAGCCCCGGGCGUCCUCUCCACCGGCAGAGCCGCAGGGCAGCUCCCCACCGCCCCACUGCGGCCGGCACUCGGAGCCCGCCCCGUCCAUGCCCAGCAGCCACUUUUGCCUUUCCCACCCCCCGCCGCGGGGGGCACAGCCACACCUCAUCAUCCAGCCCGGGCGGGCAGCAGACGCCCCAGGACAAGCUUUCUGGAGGCCGUGGCGAGCGGCGGUUACCGGACAAUCAACCUGAGUCGGGAGCAGGAGGCCUAAGGUCUCAGGACCAAAGGACCAACACAGCCACCUGCCGGGGGACCGUGAAAGAGCCAGGUGCCUCUGGAGCGCUCCUGGGGCAAGCCCAAGGGGAACGCCCGGCACCCCAAGCCUGUGACUUUGGGCCCCAGGCCGGACGGAGGCACCACUAGCCGGGUGCGGACCUUGGGGCCACCCACUGGCGCGGCAUUACCUCACCCCCGCUGCUCCCACCUGUCACCCGGCCUGAGCCUG